ACAGUUCGCGAGCCCGAGAGUAUUGAUAAUUCGAAAAGGCCGUGAGCAGAGAGGAUUGACUAAAGUAAUUUUAACUCAGAAAAUAACAUUUACUCCGUCAAAUUAAAGCUAAUUUGACUUGAUUUUAUUUUUUUGUUUUGAACGGUUAGGGUAUUAACCAAUCAAGAGACUGACAAUUGGUGAAUAUGUCAAUCGGUUGACAAUAUUUUCAUUGUUUAAUAGUUAUCAAACCCAUAAAACGUCACGUAUAGUACGUAAUGAAUUAAUUAUGUUUUUGUUGGAUAAUAUUAACAAUCACAAUAAAUUAUGGAUGAUUCUGGCAGUAAAAUUGUCGAUGUCUCGUGGAAAUUUGGAGUGACUGCAGCAAGCAGUGAAUCUGAUAAAGUUGGAAAAACUUUUCUUCAAUUACGAUUGCUUCUAGAUGACAAUGGAAAGAAGUCCGAUGUGUUUACAGAGAUGACACUCAGUCAGUUCUACAAAUUCCUUCACGAUUUGGAAAAGGCGAAGAACAGUCUAGAUCUACUGGUUUAAAUUUUAUUACUUAAUCACUAUAAACUUAUUAUUUUCAUAUAAAAUUUUUCUUUUACUUGAUUGAGUAGAAAAUUGUGUUUUUGGCACAAACAUAAUAUUUAAAAAAAAUAUGAGACAAAAAUGAAAUUUUAGCUUACGCUAAAAUGAUUUCAUAAAUAAAAUGAA